AUGUCAACACCUUCGAACAAAGUGGCAUACCUCAUUGCCAAAAAUGCCAAACCGCUCGAGGUCCGCCCCGCACCUUAUACGCGCCCAGGACCCGAUGAGGUAGUCAUCAGGACACAUGCUGUGGCCGUCAACCCUAUCGAUCACAUCAUCCAAAACAACAGCCUGGCCUAUGGACAUCUCAAGUACCCUGCGGUCCUCGGCUUCGACGUCUCUGGUAAAGUUGUCGAAGUGGGCAAGAACGUCGCCCGCUUCAACAUCGGCGAUCACGUCGUUGCUGGUUCCCACGGUACCAGCCAGAAGGUCAACUCAGCUGCGCAUGGCGGCUUUCAAUUGUAUACUGUCCUCCUGUCAUACAUGGUGUCUCCCCUUCCAGACUUUGUCUCUUACGAGACAGCAUCAGUCAUCCCGCUAGGCCUCUCGACAGCAGGGUGCGGCCUGUUUCAGAAAGACCAACUGGCUCUACAAGACCCCUCUGUGCCCCCAGCCAAGUCCACGGGAAAGACCGUCCUCAUCUGGGGCGGCUCAACAAGUGUGGGCUGUAAUGCUAUUCAGCUCGCCGUAGCAGCCGGCUAUGAAGUCAUCACGACGUGUUCUCCGCGCAACUUCGACUACGUCAAAAAGCUCGGGGCGGUCGAGGCCUUCGACUACAACAGCAAGAAGGCCGUGCAGGACAUCAAGAAGGCUUUCAAGGGCAGAACAACGGCUGGCGCCAUGUCGAUGGGCCCCGGAGCGGCCGACAAGUGUCUUGACAUCCUCGCCGCGUGUAAAGGCGAUAAGGUCCUGUCCAUGGCUACCUAUCCGGUGCCCGCCACUCCUCCGAAGCAUUUCGUCGUGCUGCAGACCAUCCUUACUUAUCUUAGCGGCAUGAUCUCUUUGUGGAUCAAAGCCAAAAGGUACGGCAUCCGCACCGGCUACGUUGCUGCCGACACAUUGGUCUGGAAUGAAGUGGGACCACUGAUAUACGAAGAAUUCUUGCCCAAGGCACUUGCUGAGAAGACAUUUGUCCCAGCACCUGACCCAGAAAUCGUGGGACACGGUCUCGAGAAUGUGCAGAAAGCGAUGGAUAUCCAGAGUAAAGGCGUCAGUGCGAAGAAGAUUGUCGUAACAUUGUGA